CAAGGGAUACCUUUGCUGAUUGACCUACUUCGACUAAGGUAGGACUCCAUUCGUGUAUUUUAAAGAGAUCAUGGAAGUUUCCAAAUUGGCAGUCGUAAUGGCGCUCUCCAUCAUGCACGUGUAUGCCCAGUUGAGCCCCACGGCUAAUGAUGUCAUCGACAUGACGUACAUCCUGACCCCGGACUCACUGUAUUGGCCAGGACUAACAGGGUUUAACUACACUCGGAUUUCAAGAGGACCGGUUACAUUUGGUUCUAAGUGGCUCGAAUCCAACGAUAUAUGCGCACAAGAACAUCAAGGUACCCACAUGGACGCGCCUGCGCACUUCAGCAAGGACAAGUGGCGCGUGCAUGACAUCCCACCUCAUAGGUUUUUCGGGCCUGCAAUUCGCAUUGAUAUUUCUUCUCAGGCAGCUCAUAAUAAUGAAUACAACCUCAAAGUAGAGGACGUGGAAAAGUGGGAAAAAGAAAACGGUCCGAUUCCUGACAACUCUAUACUGUUAAUCUACACAGGUUGGGGAAAGCACCAUGAUAAUCGCACGGCGUACUAUGGUUACGAGGGCACCGACAGCUGGUUGGACGCCAAUGGAAAUCCUUUGGUACGCUUUCCCGCCGUUUCCGAGGAUGCCGCCAAAUGGAUUUCCUCAAACAGAAAAAUAUCAGGAAUAGGCACCGAUGGACCCUCAGUAGGCCCCAGUAAAACUAUGAUGGCCCACGUUCCUUUCCUCGAAAAGAACAUUUUUAUUCUCGAAAGUGUUGCAAACCUGGAUAAGCUAUCAACAACUGGGGACUCCGUUGCAGUACUGCCAGUCAACAUCAAAGAUGGCAGUGGCGCCCCCGUACGUCUCAUUGCAUUUAAAAAAGCCCAUUUCAAGCCUGGGACCGAUGACGUCAUGGACCUGACCUACCCUCUCUCUAAUGAAACGAUUCUGUGGCCAGGAAGGAAUCCUUUCCAGUUGAUUGUCCUUGAGAGGGGGUUUGCGAAACUUGGUAACAACACCGUAUGGAGUGAAAUGAACCGAUUCUGUUCGCCAGAACAUGUGGGUACUCAUCUUGACGCGCCUGCGCACUUUAUUAAAGGUUCGUGGCGAGUCCACGAUAUUCCUCCGCACAUUCUCAUCGGUCCCGCCGUCAGAGUGGACAUGAGCAAAAAAGCUGAAAAUAACUCGGACGCUGUCCUCACCGUCCAGGACUUGGAAGACUGGGAGAAGAAAAAUGGCCGAAUACCUGACAACGCCAUGGUGUUUCUUCACACUGGCUGGGGGAAAUUUGUCAACGAUUUCGAAAAAUACCUCGGCUCUACAAACCAAACCCAUUGGUUAAACGAUGCGGGACAGUCCCUUCUUCAUUAUCCAGGAUUUUCAGCAGAGGCAGCAGAAUGGUUGGUUAAGAAUAGAAAUAUUAACGGCGUCGGCAGUGAUGCCAUCAGCUACGACGCUGGGCAAACAACGUCAUUUCCUGCUCAUGUGACCCUUCUUGGAGCCAAGAAGCUCGCGCUGGAGAAUGUAGCCAAUCUUGACAAGUUGCCGAACACCGGAACGACGGCCUUUGUGUUUCAUAUGCUGUACAAGGACGGAAGUGGAGCGCCUUCCAGAGUAGUUGCCGUUAAAAACAGCGCCAUCACUGCUGGCCAGGUCUCCAGCGGUGUUGAUAUAAGGCCCAUGUUUGUUGCUUUGAUGAUGCCUUUUUUCUUGAUUUUCUUUAGGUGCAUCUAAUGAUUGAAAUAUACCUGAUCCUGAUGUAAAGUGUUUUUAAACAAAUAGACCACGCAGUUACAUCUAUUGUGAAAAUUAAUAUAGUUCAAUUAAAUCCUUUCUAUUCAUUUAAGAUUUAUAUUCAAACGCCUGACUCUUUAUUUGUUUGAAAGAAAGACUUUCCAACACGACCUCAGACUGAUUGAUUUAACCCGAUGUUGUGGUGUUGUAAACAGCUUUAUUCUGUCAAAACCUUCAGCUAUGUGUCUCUAACCACCAAUUCCUGCGUUUUUUUUUUCAGUUGACCAAACCAGGGCAUUAUAUCCCACGCUAUGAUCGAUAGUAAAUGUAUGCAAAUAUACCUUCUAAAUAAAGGAGACUCCACUGC